AUGGGACGUGUGAUCCGUGCUCAACGUAAGAGCGGUGGCAUUUUCAAGGCCCACACGCGCCUGAACAAGGCGCCGGCCAAGCUGCGCGCCUACGACUUUGCCGAGCGCAACGGCUACAUCCGCGGUCUCGUCAAGGAGAUUGUCCACGACGCGGGCCGUGGCGCGCCGCUCGCCAAGGUGACCUUCCGUGACCCUUACCGCUACAAGCUCCGCACCGAGACGUUCAUUGCGACCGAGGGCAUGCACACCGGCCAGUUCGUGUACUGCGGCAAGAAGGCCAUGCUGAACGUCGGCAACGUGCUCCCCCUCAGCUCGCUCCCCGAGGGUACCAUCGUGUGCAACGUCGAGAGCAAGUCGGGUGACCGCGGCACGCUCGCGCGCACCUCGGGCAACUACGCGACGGUCAUUGGCCACGACGCCGAUGGCCUCACCUCGCGUAUCCGCCUGCCGUCCGGUGUGAAGAAGACCGUGCCGAGCGCUGCGCGUGCCACGGUCGGUAUCGUCGCCGGCGGUGGCCGUAUCGACAAGCCCAUGCUCAAGGCCGGUCGUGCCUACUACAAGUACCGCGUCAAGCGCAACAGCUGGCCUCGUACUCGUGGUGUGGCCAUGAACCCCGUCGACCACCCCCACGGUGGUGGUAACCACCAGCACAUUGGUCACUCGUCGACCGUCAAGCGCGGUGCGGUGCCCGGUCAGAAGGUCGGUCUCAUUGCCGCCCGCCGCACGGGUCUGCACCGCGGUACCGUCAAGGUCCGCGACGCGUAA